AUUGAAUUGUCUUUUUGAAUAGAAACGAGCUGACACGCAGAGAGCGUUCGCUUUUUUCAUUCACAAUUUUUCAAAAUCCAAGAUGUCACGAAGUAAAGGUACCGAAGAAACCGAUAAGCAAACUCGUAUUGCCAUCGUUAGCGAUGAUAAGUGCAAACCAAAACGAUGCCGUCAGGAAUGCAAAAAAUCGUGUCCAGUUGUCCGUAUGGGCAAGCUGUGUAUCGAAGUCAGUCCCAAUUCGAAAAUUGCCAGCUUAUCUGAAGAACUGUGUAUCGGUUGCGGUAUCUGUGUGAAGAAAUGCCCAUUCGAUGCUAUCAUGAUCAUUAAUGUUCCAAGCAAUUUGGAAAAACAAACAACCCAUCGUUAUUCGAAGAAUUCGUUCAAGCUACAUCGUUUACCAAUACCACGGCCAGGUGAAGUUCUUGGAUUGGUCGGCCAAAAUGGAAUUGGUAAAUCGACGGCAUUGAAAAUUUUGGCUGGCAAACAAAAGCCAAAUUUAGGACGUUUUUCAGAUCCACCAGAUUGGACCGAAAUUUUAACCUAUUUCCGUGGCUCUGAAUUGCAAAACUAUUUCACAAAAAUUCUUGAAGACGAUCUUAAAGCAUUGAUUAAGCCACAGUAUGUCGACCAAAUUCCGAAAGCUGUUAAAGGUCCGGUUGGAGACAUGCUUGAUCGAAAGGAUGAUCGAAAAAAUCAAACUGAAAUAUGUGAGAUGUUGGAUUUGACGCAUAUUCGUGAUCGUGAGGUGGCUGCGUUGUCAGGUGGUGAAUUGCAACGUUUUGCCAUUGCAAUGGUGUGCAUUCAAAAUGGUGAUAUUUUCAUGUUCGACGAACCAUCAUCAUAUUUGGAUGUAAAACAGCGUCUUAAUGCUGCCUUAACCAUUCGCCAUAUGAUUCAUCCAUCGAAAUUUAUCAUUGUGGUUGAGCACGAUUUAUCCGUAUUGGAUUAUUUGUCCGAUUUUAUCUGUUGUUUGUACGGUGUCCCCGGUUGCUAUGGUGUUGUGACUAUGCCAUUUUCGGUGCGUGAAGGUAUUAACAUUUUCUUGGAUGGUUUUGUGCCAACCGAAAAUAUGCGUUUCCGUACCGAAUCGUUGACAUUCAAAGUGAGUGAAUCAGCUACCGAAGAAGAAAUCAAACGUAUGAAUCACUAUGUAUAUCCAACGAUGAAAAAGAGCUUAGGUAAAUUCGAAUUGACGGUUAUGGAAGGUCAGUUCAGUGAUUCGGAAAUUUUGGUAUUGCUCGGUGAAAAUGGUACGGGCAAAACGACAUUUAUUCGUAUGCUUGCUGGAAAUUUGAAACCAGACGAUGGCUCUGGUGAUUUACCGGUUUUGAAUAUUUCAUAUAAACCACAGAAAAUUUCACCAAAACAUCAAGGCACCGUUCGACAAUUGUUGCAUGACAAAAUUCGUGAUGCAUAUGUGCAUCCGCAAUUUAUAGCCGAUGUUAUGAAACCAAUGAAAAUCGAAGAGAUCAUAGACCAAGAAGUACAAAAUCUAUCCGGUGGAGAAUUGCAACGUGUUGCUCUAGUAUUGUGCUUGGGCAAACCGGCCGAUGUCUAUUUGAUCGAUGAACCGUCGGCGUAUCUUGACUCAGAACAACGUUUGAUCGCUGCUAAAGUCAUUAAGAGAUAUAUUUUGCAUGCCAAGAAAACUGGUUUUGUGGUAGAGCACGAUUUCAUCAUGGCCACAUAUUUGGCUGAUCGUGUCAUUGUAUUCGAAGGUACACCAUCAAUGAACACAACCGCAAAUAGUCCACAAUCGUUGCUGAACGGUAUGAAUCGUUUCUUGGAAUUACUUGGCAUUACAUUCCGUCGUGAUCCAAACAACUUCCGGCCACGUAUCAACAAACUCGAAUCGGUGAAAGACGUUGACCAGAAACGGGCUGGCCAAUAUUUCUUCUUGGAAGAUAACUAAACGACAUCAUUCAUACCAUGGUCGAUUUGUUUUUUUUUCUUUCUUCUCUGGCAACAAUCCAACCAUUCGAUACCGCUUUUUAUGGUUUUUAUCUCCAUCACUGGAACAUACGUUUUUUUUUGUUGGAAAUUUAUAAGUUUUUUUUUUUUAAAUAAAUUUCAAUUUAAAUUAUGUUCCAAAAACUAUAUCUUUAGUUUAUUCUGACAGACAUCAUUUCUUUUCUCUUUUCAUUUUUAAAUUGCUCACAAAAAUAAUACACAAUCAGAACACAUGGUCAUUAUGUUUUACGAUGAAAUUUUUAUUUAAUUUUUGUUGGCAAUUAUUUUUUUUUCUGAAUCGUAACUUAUUUCAAUUGUCGAUGCAAUCAUUGAUAUUCUUAAAAAUUAUUAGUACAUAUACUGACUUGAAAGUUUCUUUCUUUGUAUUAAAUAUGUAAUUUUGUAUAAAUAAAAAAAAUCUAUUGGAAAAAGUCA